AUGUCGCGGCAGGCACUCGUCUUUGAUGGGUUAUGGCACUCACUUUGCCCAUCAUUCAACCGAUUACCAUUGGGUCGCCCGUCAUAUCUACUCAAGUCACGGAAAUACAGCUCCAGGCCAUGUCCGCAACCCGCGAUUCGAAUUGCGCCGAAAGUGCCACGGCGGUACUAUGCCAGCCAAGAUAAAGAAAUCGGCGACUCUAGUACACCUGACGAAAAACUGACUCAUAUCCUGCAUUCAAACAAUGACGAUCCCACAUCCUCCCCGGAACCAAAAUCUAAACCCCAAUUCAAACCCAAUCCACAUGAAGCAGAUAAUGCAGACCGUCCAUUGCGCAAACCUCGGAUGCCACUUCCCAGGGUACCCGAUUCCUUUUAUACAAAAUCAGCCGCUGAGCUCGAAAGCAUGUUACGGCGGAUGAUGACCAAACAACCGAAUAUUAUCGGUGCGACUCAGAUUUUACGAGCUUUGAUUCGGGAUCAUAAAACCGAACCGCAUACACGCCACUAUCAAGCGUUAAUACUAGCCCACUGCGACCAUCAGAUGGGAUCACCGGAGGUGGUACAACAUCUGUUACAGGAAAUGGAGGAGAAUGGUGUCACGGCGGACUCGGGAACACUUCAUGCAGCUUUAAAGGCUCUUGCUGUUCAUCCAGAUUAUAUACUACGACAAGAUGUUCUUCGGAUGCUUCGAGACAGGUGGCUGACUGUUAGUCCCGACGGAUGGCAUUUCAUGGUCGCGGGUCUUCUCCGAGAUCAUCAGUUUGAGCUGGCGCUAGAUCAAAUUUCACUAAUGGAACGGAAAGGAACUCAUAUUGAAAAUUGGCUACACAGUAUGGCUGUCUACCAGCUGUGUGACUUUCAAGAGUUUGAUGAAGUUUACCGCUUAAUGCAAGCCCGCAUUGAGCAAGGCCAUGAUAUGACGCCUGAACUCUGGGCGCAUGUGUUGAAAACUGCAAGUCAAGCUCUGCAUUAUGAUUUGACCUGCUUUAUUUGGCGGCGAAUGGUGGAUCUGGGCUAUCUGAAGCCAUCUCUGGACAUUUACAGUAAUGCUUUGACAAUUGCAUCGGAGGCCGGUGAUAUUGAGUUGGCUCUUUCUAUUGUCCGCUCCUGUGAUGCCCGUAACUUCCCCUUGAAGGCCCAGGAUUACCAACAACUUCUGCAUAUUUACUUGCGGUCUGGGGAUCUUGCCGCUUCCUUCAAGCUGCUUUGUACGAUGCACGAACUCGGGGUUGUGCCUGCGGAGCAGUCAAUCGAGUCCGUGGUCUCCCACAUGAUCGACCACCACACCGACCCCCGUGAAGCGUGGCAGAUGCUCAAACGCUUGAAGAAUGACAAACGAGAAAUCCCCAUUGGCUGUGUUCGCAUCAUCGCUGAACUCUGCGAGAAUUUGGCCCAUGAUGACCCAUCAGUGGUGGAUGAUGCAGUGGGUUUCUACAAAGAACUCUAUACUUUGUGCCCCGAGGGGGCCGACGUUCACGUCUACAACAUUUUGAUUCGGAUGUGCCGGCAUGCCCAAAACCGGCCGUCGGGUCUAUUUCUUGUGAAAGAAAUGGCAUCCUUUGGCAUUGUCCCCGAUGUCACUACCUUUGAAUCCCUCAUCCUGAUGUGCCUCGAUGCGCGCAAUUACCAAUCGGCAUACAUGUACCUCCGAGACCUGUUGGACCGGGGAGACGAAGUCAGUGAUGAGACCCGUGAGCAGAUUCGCCAUCUUUGUUCCCAAUCUGUGAAUGAAUUUGCAGUGCGACUCCAACAUCACCCUGCUGUUCAAUUCGUGGAGCGUCCUGUAGCGCCGGCGAGCAGCGUGGACAAAGAUUCAACCCUGGACCAGUCUCAAAACACGGCUGAUCAAACAGGACAUCGCCGUUAUGGUCGACCUUGGGUCCGAGCCGCGUUCCGACGUCAGACGCUCUCGGACGAAGACCGUAUCGCAUGGAAUAAGAAGCGGCGGCAAAAUAAACGGCGGCACGAGGCGAUUGCUCGGACGGGCGAGUCCGAGGCUUAG